ACGCGUCCUGCGUACCCGCCAUCCGCUCGCUCAGCGUAUACACAGCCCGAACAAGCCCGUUUGGUGCCGUUCCUAGGCGUCGUUUUUACCCGCGAAGAUCACUGUGCACCUACGCUGAAGAAAGCAUGGUGCGCUGUACUUGUGCCGAGCCCCAUACGGAAUUAUGCCUCCUACGCGAUUGAUCGUGUUUGUGCGUGCAGUGCUACGUUAACCCUUGAAGAAGUGGGAGGUGCCUUGUAAACAGUCUGCCGGAUGACGUCUGCUUGUUCGGCAGUGGCUUUCAGCAUAACCGCUUUACGGAUUCGUCUUGGCGUGUUUGAAAGCGGUUUCUGAAGAAUGGGAAGCAGUCAGUCCACGAGCGCAGCGCCUGUGCAAGAGAUUACACGAUUCAAGGUUGGUGACCGCGUGGCAGUCACCAUGGACGUGGAAAACUUCAGGCUUCUUCAGAACGACUAUGGUGGAUGGGAAGCCCAAAUGUCUCUCAUCUUCGGGAAUGUCGGCAUCGUCCAGAAGCUGUUGCCAACCGGCGGCCUCAUGGUUCACUACAAGGAUGCCAACGCCACGUGGCAGCUGAACCCUACUGCGGUGGAGAAACUCAUCGCCUACAAAAGGGGUGAUAAAGUGAGAGUCUGCGUGAACCUCGAAACGUUGAAAGAAUUGCAAAAAGGGCACGGAGGAUACAAUGAAGGUAUGCAAAGGUCCAUUGGAAAAGUAGGCGUGGUCGUCAGAUGCGAGCCCAAUUUCGACGUGUGUGCACGCAUCUGUGGAGCAGUAUGGAACUACAACCCUCUAUGCCUGGAAGCCGCUCCCGAGUCACCUAUAGACAGCUCAGGCAGUUCCAGUUCUACGGACAGCAUUGAGUCUUCAGGUGAUGGCACUGAUACUCUGACUGAUGGGCUUGGAGGCUUGCUGAGGCUUGCUGAGCGCGUCGACGAGCUUGCGCAGGUGGUGCAGGGACGUAGCCUCGAAGAAUCGCCCUUACACGCCGCGUGUUAUCAUGGAGACGAAGAAUUGGCAAGGACAUUGAUAAAUGCUGGUAAUAACGUUAAUGUGAGAGACAGAAAUGGCGACACACCUCUUCACUACUGCGCACACGGGAACGAGCCCGGUGUCAUGCGCCUUCUUGUCAAUGCGGGAGCGGACCUAAACGCAGUGAAUGAGAAGAAUCGGACGCCACUGCACGUCGCUGCUUCAAAGGAGCAUGCGGACUGCGUUCGAACUCUACGAUCCUACGGAAGUCGCCUUAAAGUGAAUUUGCAGGACGUUGCAGGAGACACGGCCCUUCACGACGCCAUCACCGUUGGCAGCGCAGAAAUCACCAGCCUGCUGAUUAACCUUCGCACGAUUGACUUGUCAAUCACGAAUCAACGGGGCUUCAAUGCCCUACACCACGCCUGCUUGAAAGGAAAUAACCUCAUUGUGGAGAGAAUCCUGUCAAAACGGCCGAACUUGCUCAACGUCGCGAAGAAUGACGGCUUCACUGCUUUACACUUGGCGGCGAAUAAUGGACACCUCCGGGUUGCAAAAACCUUGUUGGCGAAGAGACGGUGUGACAUUAAUGCCCAUGCUUCUAAAGGAGAGACACCACUAAUGUUGGCAGUGCACUUUGGCCAUUGGGAUAUUAUGGAGCUUCUCGUGGAAGCCGGGGCUGACAUCAAUAGACAAGACCAGGACGGAGACACCGUGCUUCACUUUGCCUUUGCGAGGCACCAACUGAGGCAACUCCAGACAUCGGGGACAGCGAAUGCUCCUAACGUGUCAGCGAUUGAGCGAGAAUUGCCGAAUGGUCACUUGGCUCCUAUUUGCUACCUAGCCAACAGGGGAGCGGACGUGUACAUGAUGAACAACAAAGGAAUUACACCAUUGAUGCUGGCUGCCGGCUUUGACAUCUCAGAACAUGUCGUUGCCUGGGCUUCUAGAAGCCGAUUUCUGGCCCUGGAGUCUUCGAGGGUACUGCGGCAAAGUUCAGCCAGUCCUGCCGGUGGCGGACUGUGCAAGAUCUGCAGGGAAUCUGAAGCUAACGUUGUCUUCAAGCCAUGCGGCCACCGGACAACAUGUCGCGAGUGCUGCAUGCGCUGCAAAGUCUGCCUGACAUGCACUGGGCCCGUUCAGGCGAAGGUUAAUCUCGAUGGGACUCCUGUCAGAGGCAGGGAAACAAACCAGAGGACGCAGGAAGAACUGGACACUAAGCUGAGAGACCUCGAGGACCGGCACACGUGCGGUAUCUGCAUGGAGAAGCCUCGAGACGUGGCCUUUCUUUGCGGACAUGGCUCGUGCUCGUUGUGCGCUGAGAAUCUGGACCUUUGCCACAUGUGCCGUCAACCGAUCGAGAAAAAGAUUUCUUUGUAUUUCGAAUGAGUGUUCUCCUUGUAGACGGGCUCACUUGGGAUGGACAUAGUGCCAAAGAUGAUUCUCCAUAAAACCUUAUAACGAUGUUCUUUGAAAAAACCAGUAAGGACAUAUCAGAGAAAGAGCUAGAGAAACAGAAACGCUUCAUUUGCAUUACCCUAUUCGUCGCCUACCAUUUCUUUUUUAAAGGACCAUCUACGUAGCUUUGGUCAGAAUUUGUGCCAGACCACUAAGUAACCACGACAACUCAUCGACAGGCAACUCAAGAGCGAUGAAUAGUUUUUUUUUUUCUGUGGGGGCGCCACUGAGUAGUACAGUGGUCGGAGCCUAAAUUCCCACGCAAACUAGGAGGUUUGAAUUGUAGAUAACAAAAUGUGCUUAAAACAUUGCCUGCUGAAAAACAUUUUCCUCCAAACACAACAUUCGCCUAAAUCAUCAAUGCGUUGUGGAAUGACAUAUUCAAAUACACGGCACAUCUUGCACCAUUUCCCAAAACUAAACUUUCUAAAAUUGCGUGUCACUUGUGAUAUGUGAAAUGUGAUACUUUUCAAUAUCUUCCUCAGCCAAGGCAAAAUAUUUGUGUACUCAAAUUUAACUAUUACUUUUUCUUCUAAGAAAGGUACGUUACCUUCUUCCUGCUGGCCCUAUGUUACAUUCCAAGCCGUCUUUGACGAUCAAAGCAGGGUCCACUAGCGCACCUGUUAAGAAAGUAAUUUCUGAAUCUCUCCUUGUUACUUCUUGCUGGCGCAUAGGAUGAAAGGAUAAUAGUGAGCUACUGUUUCUUGACCGCAACAUUUGUUCUUCUCACAACAAAGAAGAGUAUAAAUAUAAGUAUAAAAUGAAAACAUGGGAGUGACGUAAGAGUCUGCCUCUCUUUGCUUUCUGAAGCUGAAAUAUCUAUUUACCUGCUGUAGGCGUUAGUACUACUCCCUCUUUCGCAAAACGAUACUUGAGCUUAUACAUCUGCAGGCUUACAUUUAUUGUUGUCAUUGUUAUUUGGUGCUGUUCAUGGAGGUGUUGCAGGGUGGGUGCUGAGAACCUAAAUAAGGACAUAAGAGGAAGUGCAGGCAUUCUCUUGACGCUACAGCUCUGAAGUGAUACGGAUCUUAUCCCAUGUCUUUUAUUAUACACUUUUAUACCUGAAGACAACUUCCACGAAUGUUUUUCUUCGAAGCAUACAAUUGUUCUGUGCGCUUCCAUUAGACUGAACGUCAGCGUACUCUUCAAGUUCAGGUUUAUUGAACUUGUGGUGACAUUUGAUUUUCGCGCUCAAGUGCAUAAAUAUGCCACCUCAGUUGCACUGGAUGACAGUGUCACGUCCACUUCGAAGGGUUGUCGUUUUUCAUAAAAUGUAACGAUUUCGUUGGUUGUGGAGUACAUUUUACUUUCACCUGUAAAUGCCAGGGCCUUUAGUCCUGCUUCAAAGCGACUGCAUUGUCCAGAAAUAAAGCAGUUUUACUUGUUGUU